AUGGAUCCGCCAAAGGAGCCGUCAUCAGAUCUUCCGGAGAUGCCGGUUCCGGAAGAUGCAGCAUGGCAGACGGGGUUGGCAUCGCGAUCGAGGUUCAAAGGGGUGAUGGGCCGAUUCCGAGAGAAGCGAGCAGCAGAUCUAAAGGCCGCUGAAGAGAAAGCAAUCGAGCAGGAGGCAGCCAAGCAGACGGCCCUCUCGAACCCGCAAACCACCAGCACGACCUCAAAUCAGCUGCAGUCCCAGCCUGAAACCACACAGGAAGGCGGAGAACCGACACGCACCCGGCUUGAGACUGCAGGCCACGCUUUCGACGCCCUGAACCUCGACGUGGGCGCAGACGACACCUCAGACGACAAUGCCGGCGAACUUCCAACCUCCUCCACAGGCGUCUUCGGCAUGGCUUCCCAGGUUGCUAGCAAUUUCGUUGGGAACAUCUUGAAUCUGGGACGCGGCCACCCGUCCAGCGAAGGCAACGAACAGCCAGACAAAGCACCAAAGCUCCAACCGGAUAGUACGCCCAAGAUGUCGAAAAGCGCGAUCCACAACAUGUACAAGGACGACACCAUGUACACCGACUUCGAGUUCGUCAAUCCCGACGGAACAGAGCUGACCGAAGACGAGAUGGCACCGAUCGUUCCUUUCUGGGCGGGUCUCCGCAAGGGUGUCCCGAACAAGAAUACGGUUCUCAAGCAUCUGUGGGAGUGGACGCAGGAGCCGAAGAAUAGUUACUGCGUGGGAGCCUACACCAAGUACAAGAGACAGUGCACGCGCAGGGCCCAGCAGAGCGAGGAGGAAGCUUGCGACGACUGCGCCAGGACAGGAAACCCGUGUAUCGUCGCCGGUCGGAGAGGUGGGGAGCUGAAGGUCUUGCCGCAGCAGGACGAGUCGGCGCGAGAGGAGGCGGACCUAAUGGAGGUGGAUUCUUGA